UUAAUUUAGGAUGUGCAGACUGCUACAUUAAUGUCUCCUUCUCUGCGACGCAUAGGCAAUACAAGUUAUUCCGCCGCACGCUAGAUGUUGCUGCAGCCCCUGUGUCCGGUAAACAGCCCUUUGCAGGAAAAAGGAGGGCUCGAAAUGCUAUCCCUCAGCCUUUAUUUUACGGUGUAAUUACAGUGCUUAACUGCACUUAAAGGAUAAUGUCUUUCAACAAAUGCCCGUUUUAUUAGGAAGAAAGAACACGAUGUCCCUAUGAUGUGUCACAGAAUGAAAACCCCGCCCCUCGCUCUGUGGUAAUGUAGAUAGCACCAUGUUGGAUAAUAAAACCAGUGCUAAAGACCAACAGACUGGGCAGUGCUCGGACUGUCGAUGUAGCCUUCCACAGCUGGACUCUGACACAACCUCCACUUCCUCCCCUCCUUCCAAGUGUGCAUCCUGCCAGGCAGGCAGCAGCCUCCCUAACGGGCGGCGCCCACACCGCCACCUCCGCCUGGACCCUCACAGCUGCAGCCUGUGCUCCAAAACAUUCAUCUCCUCCGCCCACCUGACCCUUCACCUGGCAUCCCACAACAAGGAGAGGAAAUUCAGAUGUAGCACCUGCGGCAAGUACUUCCAUCAGUCCUCCCACCUGAUGGCACACAAGAUAAUACACAGCGGGGACCGGCCAUUUAAAUGCUCGGAGUGUGGCAAGACCUUCGGCCGGGCCUCACAUCUGAAGACCCACCAGCGGCUCCACACAGGCGAGAAGCCCUUCAAGUGCACCUACUGUGACAAGUCAUUCACACAGAAGGCUGGGCUCCUGGCUCAUGUUCGCCUACACACAGGGGAGCGGCCGUAUAAGUGUGAGCAGUGUGGCGCCGGUUUUCGCUCUCUGCCCCUCCUGCUCUCUCACAAGGCUGAGGAAGCGUUGGGAAAGGUCAAACCAGUGCCAGCGCCAGCUCCGGCACAGACACCGAGUAGCAGCGAAGGUCUGAAGUGUGGGGUCUGCUGCCGCACCUUUGUACGAUCAUCAUACAUCAGGCUGCACAUACGCCUCAACAAAGGACAGCGGCCUUAUCACUGCAAAGUGUGCAACAAGACCUUUGUCAAGCUGGAUACGUUUGUCAACCACUGUGACAAACACUUGAGGCAGAAACGUGCUAAGAGUGGGGUAACAGAGGUUCAAGACAACGUUGUUAAACCCCCCAUGUUUGUCCCGCUCUCCAGGCCUCCUUCUCCUGAAUCCUUACCCACUCAGCCUUUAUCCUCAGAGGUCAACACGCGCUCCAGAGCUAAAGCAAAGAGUAAAACAGAGCCAUGACCAAUGAGACUGCAUCCACAGACAAAAAAGAAAUGUGCCAUGACAGUUCUGAAAGAGACGAACACAACAUUUGAAAUUCAAUAAUUCCCAAAACUUUAUUUUAUUUGUAUCAACAUUAGUUUACUUUUUGUACAGACAUUUUAUUUAAAAAUAAUUAAUGUUAUUUUAUAUUUUUUAAAUGGUAAUGCCUAUUUUAGCUCAUUAGGAUAAUUAAGAAUUUAAGUGGCAUACAAUGUUCACUCUAAUCUUCGAAUGUACAAAAAUGAUUAAUCUCAAACCAUUAUAAAUGAUGGUUAAUCUGUUUCUUGAACCUGUACAAGCCUUUUGGCUUGUAAAACACUUGAACAAAGUAAGAAUCAUGUAAAUUGAAUGCCUAUUGUAAAACAAUAUGCACAUAAGAGUAAACAUAAACAUAACAUCUUCUCCUUUUUGCACCUGAGAUCACAAAUAUCUGUUCAAAGCAGUUUGUUGUUUCAGAUUUCAACUAUUUUCUUCAGCCCAAUAUUUAAAUACGUUUUAAUAUAUAUAAUACAGUUAAAAUAAUGCUCCUCUGUUCAUUUGUAGCAUGUAACUUCUUUGUUAAUCUACCCUUUUGACAUGGGUGUUCUGUAGUUCCCAGGCCUUUGACUGUCACACUUCAUUCCAUCAGCAGCAGCUCACAUCCUACUGACCCUGAACUCAACACAAGAGGUUUUAAACUCUUACACUGUAGAUCUCCAACACUUGCAGAGAAUCCGUCACCUCCACAUGGGGAAACUAUUUUUCCCAACCUAUGAACGGAGAGAAAAAAACAAACAAAUGAACAUCUCUAACAACACCAUUUAUAAGUCAAAGUCAAGAUAGGAAUAUGGGGAGUCUAAUGUAUGAGUCACUUUGCACGAGUCACACAUGUAACCACAAUGUUGUAUAAGAGAAUCAAAGAAUCUACCAUCAAUGUAUCAACAUGUUUAUGAAUAAAGAGAUUUCAAAGUGAAGAAUAAAUAUUUGCCUGGCCCUUUCCCCCUGUGCUGCUGUUAAUACUCCAGUGCAGGGUGAUGGUCAUGUGGCGUCUCCAGACAGGGUUCCUGCGCAGGACGAUGGUUCCAGCGAUGGAGUCUCCCUCCAAAACUCUGACCGGCCGGUCCAGCAUGAACAGAGUCUGCUUCCAGUGCGUUGGCCUGAAGAAAAUAAACAACUUAAUACUG